AUGAACCCCAAUGCGAGUUUGAUUACUGCGCUCGUAGAGCGGUGGCGACCCGAGACGUCGACCUUCCAUCUACCGUGUGGUGAGAUCACGAUCACGUUAGAGGACGUUGUUACACUGUCCGGUCUGGCGAUCGAGGGUGAUGCCGUCGUAGUUGAUAUACAUGAUGAGGAGUGGUCGGCGAUCUGUUUGAGACUGUUAGGAUGGGUUCCAGUUGAUCUUGUAGGCGGUGUCGCGGUUGUUAGGAUCGUUUGGCUGAGGGUUGAAUUCAGUCAUCUGCCGGAAGAUGCAUCACAGGAGGUUAUAGAGCAGUUUGCACGAGCUUAUGCUCUAUCUCUGAUUGGAGGUGUACUUUUCCCGGAUCGGUCUGGAUCUACUGUGCACCUACAGUACCUACUUCUGAUUGAGGAUUGGCAGAGAGCUGGACAGUUCGCCUGGGGAGCUGCUGUUUUAUCCUACUUGUACCGUGAGAUGGUGCAGUUCUGGGCGUGGGAGCGAUUCCCACAUCUGGCACCUCGAGAUUCAGAGACGAGGGCACAGGCAACCGAGGAUGCAUCCCCACGUGGUCUUCGAUGGCUUUCGGCCAACAGUCGUCAGUAUGGUGACCAGCUAUUCCAGUACAAGCUGUGGUUUGACGCGAUGGAUACCGUGGUGUGGCAACCUUACCGUGAGAGAGCACUUCAUCUCAGAGGUAGUGUGAUACAGUCUGAGACAUUUCGAGCAGUAGUGCCACUUAUCUGCUUUUCAUCGGUGAUGUGGCAUCAUCCAGACCGUGUGCUCCGACAGUUUGGCAUGAGGCAGCAUGAGCCUCAUCCGGCACAUCCUGAGGCCGAGGUUAGAUUUUUUCUGCGCCAGGCUACUCGUGGGCCAUCGCGUGGGCAGGAGUUGCUACACGCUUCCAGAGAGUCGCUUGCUUUCUGGAACCGUCGACACGAGUUUGUAGCGACAGCUCCAUACACUGAUGAGGAGUUAGCCUACCACUCGGAGCACCUGGAGUGGUAUAGAGAUGUCACCAGACGUUCCGGCACACGGAGAGGCGCUGUAGCAGAGGCAUUGUACGACACUAUCGAGCAUGCUGAGGUGAGUUUGCGUGACGGUGUACGGGCUGGAGGGCUGACCCCCGACCAGUGUGAGGACUUGGCCAACCUUAUGGCAUCUGGGGUUGCUCCUCUAGGGUUUGAGCAGCGUAGAUACCCUGAUCUCACAGUACCUGUACAGCCCCAUUAUGAGGAGCCCGUCAUGACUGCUUGGCCAGAGCGCACUGAUCCGACAUCAGGCUGGGUCGUCCCAGAGCCACGGUUCAGACAGGAGCAU